CUUCCCAGCCGUAUAAUCUUGCCAAGCUUCAUCAUCUGUUUUGUUUUUUUUUUUGUUCUUUUGAGAAAAAUAAGAAGACAAAUAAAUUUUAUUUGGCUCUGUGUUGCAUCCUCUCUGCAAAUAGGUGCAAUUGGAGCAAUCUUCCAAGCUUUUAGAGUUUGGGGGCAAGCAAUGGGCGGGGUUUGCUCAGGAGGAGCGUCCGCUAAGCGAAAUAUCGAUAUUAAUAAUGGAGAGAAGACUUCGAGGUUUUCCGGGAAACUCAAGUCAAUUAAGAGCUUCGGCAAGCAGAAAGAGAACUCUAAUUCUUCAUAUCCUGACGCAAUUGCCCCUCGUAUAACACCAAACAGGUUUGAUUCUGGCGAGCUGCGAUCCUCAAUUUCCCGCGAAUUGAAGCCCUCAACCCCGGCUAGGACUGGAGCUAGCAAGGUCACCCCAAAGAACUCGUUCAUAGGAAGAGCUGGCAUUGCAGGCCUGGAUAAGGCAGUUGAAGUUUUGGACACACUUGGCAGUAGCAUGUCUAAUUUGAAUGUCAACAGUGGAUUUCUUACUGGCGGCGCUUCUAGAGGCAAUAGAAUAUCUAUCUUAUCGUUCGAAGUAGCCAAUACAAUCGCCAAAGGCGCAAACUUGUUGCAAUCACUUUCAGAAGAAAACAUCCAGUUCCUGAAGAAAGAGGUUCUUCAUUCUGACGCUGUACAAAACUUAGUUUCCAAAGAUAUGAAGGAGUUGCUAAGCAUUGCUGCUUCGGACAAAAGGGAAGAGCUUGAUGUCUUUUCCAGGGAAGUAGUUAGGUUUGGAGACCUGUGUAAAGACCCACAGUGGCAUAACCUGGGUAGAUACUUCUUACGAUUAGAUUCAGACGAUGAUUUAGGUUACACUCAGCUGAGAUCAGAGGCAGAAAUGACAAUGCAGGAAUUGACCACUCUUGCCCACCAUACUUCUGAAUUAUACCAUGAGUUAAAUGCUCUGGACAGAUUUGAACAAGAUCACCGGCGAAAGCUUGAAGAAGCAAAGGCUUUGCAUCUCCCUCUUAGAGGAGAGAGCCUCAUGAUGUUACUCAGUGAUUUAAAACAACAAAGAAAGCUUGUAAGGAGCUUGAAAAAGAAAUCUCUUUGGGCUAAAAACUUGGAUGAGAUCGUGGAGAAACUUGUUGAUAUUGUUACUUAUACACAUCAAGCAAUCCUGGAAGCAUUUGGAGAUAAUGGGGUGACAUUGAUUAGCGUGGAGCGUAGCAAAGAUCCUCAAAGACUAGGAGUAGCUGGUCUUGCGUUACACUAUGCUAACAUGAUCAACCAAAUAGAUAACAUUGCGUCCCGACCUACCUCCCUUCCUCCAAAUACAAGGGACACAUUAUAUCAAGGGUUGCCAAAUAGUGUUAAGCAAGCUUUACGAUCCCGAUUGCACACUCUUGAUGCCAAGGAAGAGCUCUUGGUUUCUCAGGUCAAAGCUGAAAUGGAAAAGACUCUCCAGUGGCUUGUUCCAGUUGCCACAAAUACGAACAAAGCACAUCAAGGUUUUGGGUGGGUUGGAGAAUGGGCAAACUCUGGACUUGAGUUUGGUAAGAAUUCAUCCUCUGAGAUUAACUUGAUCCGACUCCAGACACUAUAUCAUGCAGACAAGCAAAAGACGGAUGUCUGCAUCCUUGAACUAGUGACAUGGCUUCACCAUCUGAUCAACCUUGUAAGGCAUGGAGAUCAUGGUGGUUUGAAGGCUUUGCCUAUACGGUCCCCGACUCAUAGAGGAUUGGAUAUUCACUCCAAGAUGCAGGGAUUUGUAUCCAAGACCAACAGCACUAAGUCCCCAAGAAUUCAUCUUUCAGAAGAAGAUCGAAACUUGUUAGAUGAGGUCCUUGGAAGGGUGAAAAGGGUUCCCGGAGUCAGUAAAAGUCAGGAAUUUAGUGUUGCCAAGAAAAAAGGAACUGGAGUUUGGGCUUUGAGCAAGAGCACUGGGAGUUCCCCAUCAAGGGAGUUGAGUGCUAGAGGAAACUCGGAUCAGACUAAUGCCUUGGAUGUUAUGGAUGGGAUAGAUUCAAGAUAUUGAGAGACUUCAGUUUCAAAUUUCCAAUCACGCAUUUGUUUUUCUUCUCAAAAAUCCAAUAUUUAGUUAAUCAUAUCCGUUCACCUCUGUAUAUAUAUAUACAUAUUCAGGCGAGCUAUUAGUUUUAUUGUAUAUGUACACCUGUUAUG